AUGGCGACUGCAGCAGAUCUAAAAGAAUAUUUGGAGCUCCAAAACUCGGAGUUGGAGUCUGUUAUUGAAGUGUAUGGACCAGAGAAUGUACAAAAGUUAGAAAGCAAGCAGGCCUGGGGCAAGAACGCUCCUCAAUUUGUCGAGUUUAACAUUCGGAUAUCUCCCUUUGAUGUUGCACCAGAUGCCGAGCCUAUUCAUGUGACGCUACAUGUCAAAUUUCCUCAUACAUACCCGCGAGUUCCAGCCCAGUUUACUGUGAAGGACCCAGUCAAUUUUCCCAAGAAACACAUACCCGAACUGAACAAGUUUAUCCGUGCUGCAGCAGAGCGUCAUCUCAAUGAUAUGAUGGUGCUAGUGGUAGCGGAUGAGCUUCGAGAACAACUUUCGGUCCUCACCACAGCUGGAGCUACGCCUGCCAACAAGUCCCUUGCAGACCAGGCUAUUCAACGGGCAAAUGAAGUUCUUGCGGCACAAAGGGCCGAACGCGAAGCACAGGCUGCCAAGGCUGUGGAAGAUCAGAUGCAGGAAGUCCGCGAGAUUGAAGAAGGGAUCAAGGCUAUGGAACUGCAGCGACGCACUCAAUUCGGGACAUCCCCAAACGACAGGGGGACUACUGUUGUGGAUUCAAAAUCUCGCUUGGUUGUCUCAGGAGUCGAACAACCGAUGCGUCAUCGCAAGCUCGAUGACGGAGCCUACGUUGAAUUCGAUGAACCUAUCAAGUUGGGCCAAAGGCAUUUCAAUGCCGUUAGACUAUCCUGCCCUCAAUCGGUUGGUCCUAUAGGCACUGUGUAUAUUGCAGAGCCCUUGUUUCAAGACGCUGGUGAAUGGCCAUCGAAACUGGCCGUAAGCAUUGCCGAACCACAAGCCUCGGUGCUCGAAAUGCAUGAGACUAUAUUUUACUCGAAUUACUAUUCUAACCCAGCUGGCAGAUCCAAGUUGGAGACCUUGAUAACGGAAAUCCGAAGGUUAACAACAAUCAAGCAUCCCAACCUACAGGAAGUAUAUGCCGUCAAGUUGACAUCGACUGAAUCCAAACAGCCUAACCCAGCAUUUACACCUGUAUCCCCUUGGGCCGGCGCCGAGUUUGUAUACGGCGACCGGCGCCAUUUGCGCUCACCUCAACUCGUUCUUGACGAAGUGUUGGCACAAUGCGAGUUUUUGAAAAAGGACCGCGCCAUUAGUCACAUAUGUUCAGCUCUCCAAGCACUUUCAGAGCUGCACAACAAGCAAUUUACACAUAGGGCUAUCAACUUGUCGCACAUUGGCAUUUUACAAGGCUCGCGCGGGCAACUAGGCGUUCUAAAAGUAAGACGAACUUGGUGGUUUACUCGUCUGGUCGAUCUACACAAGGGAAACCCCUAUGGCCGCGAUAGUAAAACAUGUAACGAAGACCAGAUUCCUGAACGAUGGAUGCUGCCAGAAGUACUGGAAGAGCCGCAUCAAUACUCCUAUAAACGCGAUAUUUGGAGUUUAGGCCUGGUAUUUAUCCAAAUGCUGAUGAGUCCUCGAGUGAUCUAUGAUUUUGGAGAUGUCCAUGAGGCUUUGUCAUCUUCUGACAUUCCUGAACGAUUGCAAGAGAUUAUAUUGACGAUGGUCACACCACAAAAGAAACGUCCGACCUGUUUGACCAUAUUAUCAAGACUUGAAUCGCUCGGACAAAUAACACCUGUGCCUAAUAAGGCCAAGCUACCGCCAUCCGUCAACCGACAAUCAUUAUCUAUGUCACCAGACGGAGCUUAUUAUGCACCGAUGAACAUUGGCAUACUAGGCCGGUCGGCACCAAGAGUAAGUCGGUUUCGUGAAGAAUGGGAAGAGCUGGAAUUUCUGGGGAAAGGUGGCUUUGGAUCAGUCGUCAAAGCUCAAAACAAACUUGAUGGCAGGAUAUACGCGGUUAAGAAAAUAAGGCUUCGGGGUGCUGAUGAUGCCAAGAUUUAUCGGGAGAUUACCGCGCUUUCCAGGCUCUCGCACAGAUACAUUGUCAGAUACUACACCGCCUGGCUUGAGACUCUGCAAUCUGGUGCAACGUCGCCCAGCGACUCUGACGGUUCUGCUGCUUCAUCUGACACCACUGAGGAAGCCCAGACUGUGACCAACGACGAUAGCGUCGACUCGGCUUUUGUUUUCAAUCUAGAUGACCUCCCCCCACCAGGCUCUUCGCCAUAUACUGGAACUUCGUUUCCGGGUAUUCAUUUCCGGGAAAACAGCCAAAGUCAAAGCCGAUCCUCUCAUGGUUUUGAUGAUUCGAGUGACGAGGACGAGGAUGAUUCUCCCGUCGUGACUACGCCCCAGGUGAAAGCCGUGACGCCAAAAAUCAACCCUCGUAUUUUAUAUAUUCAGAUGGAAUUUGUCGAAAAUCAAACGCUGAAAGAGUUGGUGGAACGCAAAGCCCCAGAGGGUGGGUUCAGCGAAGAGGAAUCCUGGCGAUUGUUCCGACAACUCGUCGAAGCCCUCGUACAUUUGCAACAAAAUGGAAUACUGCAUCGGGAUAUCAAGCUUUCCAAUAUUUUCAUAGAUGCCAAAGGAGACGCCAAACUCGGUGACUUUGGCCUCGCAGUAAAUGCGGUAGUACCUGAUGACCCCUCAGACUUGGUCAUACCUAGAUUGGAUGCAUACCAAGAAAUGACUUCAGGCGUGGGUACGAGUCUGUAUGUCGCCCCUGAAGUUAUGUUGGGAAGGAAGAAGGGGACCCGUAGUCAGUCCAAGGCAGAUCUAUAUAGUUUAGGGAUCGUAUUUUUCGAGCUAAACUUCCCAUUUGUGACUGCCAGCGAGCGCGUUAAUGUCUUGACGCGGCUUCGACAGCCAUCUAUUCAGUUCCCUCCUGCAUGGCCAGAGGCAAGAGAUCAACAGCGACAGAUAAUCGAAAUGCUACUUGAGCACGAUCCUGAUAAGAGGCCAUCUGCGUUACAGCUCAGCACGGGUAAAUAUUUGCCCGAAACACUAGAGGACGAGUAUGUGAAGGAAGCGUUACCGAUUAUUGUUGAUCCCAAGAGGCCACAUUACGAGGCAUUAUUGGCCAAGCUCUUCGACCAGGACACCGUGCCAGCCAAAGCGUUUAUCUAUAAUAUGCAUGCAGAUAUACCCGAUCAUGCCGCGUUGUACGAUACCGUUCGAGAUAGGAUCGUUGCUGUGUUCCAUGUGCAAGGAGCGGUAUCCAAGGAGCCAAUCUUACUCGCGCUCAAUCACAACUCAAAUGAAGCCUCCAAUGAAGAUAGGCAGUCGGUAGUGUUGCUCGAUCGAAGAGGUGACCUAGUUACCCUACCAAGGCAUGCGACGACUCCCUUUGCGCGCUUGGCAGCAAUUGAAGGAACAACGCGUAUCAAACGUUAUUCCAUCAGCAAUGCGUACAGGCCCACACCGGUGGGCCCUCCUAAGGCGAUUAAGUUUGCUAUUUUUGAUAUUAUUACUCCCGAUACAGAUAAGGAUUCGAUUGGGGCAGCCGAGGCGGAAUGUAUGCGCGUAGUUGACGAGGUUCUUUCAAUUUUCCCCGGAACGCGAGAACAGCAGAUUGAAAUAUAUCUUACACAUGAUGGACUUACCCGCGAUAUAAGAAAGGCGUUGGAAGACAUCAAUCCACAGGCCGAGGAAAUAUUGUCUCAAACACGGUCAUCGUUCCCUCAAAAGCGUGCACAUCUUAGUCGAUUGGAUGAGGUGGCCCCGUUGUUUACCCGAUUGGAGAAGAUUUCUUUGGACGACAACCCCAGGGUUUUCGAUGCGCUGGAGGAGAUCAAACGAACUCUAACGCUUGCACGCUUGAUGGGAGUGAAACGCAAGAUUAUCAUAGCUCCCUGGUCGCCCUCAAUGCUUGGCCAGGUAGAUUUCACUGGGGGAUUAGUGUUUGAGGCACGGGGCGCGAAGCGAACAGACAUCUAUGCACGAGGCGGCCGGUACGAUCCUCUAAUUACCAAGUUUACCGUCCCAAACAGGCGAACCCCGAUCCGGGCGGUCGCCGUUCAGAUCUCGAUGGACAGAAUCGCAAGUGCCCUAGCAGAUUACCUGUCAAGCAGCGUGAAGAGCAUGGUCAAAGAGGAGCGAUCCUUUGGCUACUGGUCUCCAAGUCGAUGUGAUGUCUACAUUGCAUCAUUCCAACCCGGGCUUCUGCACGAACGCGUGGAAUUGCUCAGAGAUCUCUGGAGUCACAGAAUACGUACUGACACGAUGUACGAGGAAGCAACUCAGCAGAGUGGCGAUGAGCAUGUACGUAUGUGCAAGAGGGAAGGAACACUGUUUCUGGUGUACGUUCGCCUAAAGGCGAAGCGGGACUCUGGCAUUGUUCUAGUCAAAAAUGUCCUUACUGGUAUGGAAACCGAAGGCAACGACCUAGUUCCAUGGCUGGAACACCACCUGGCGGAACAACGCAAAGCUGAGGCUAUUGAAGGAGUGUCAUCUACUUCGGGUGUGGAGUCUACGUCACGCGAAGUAUAUCAUGAUAGUAUACACGUACUAGUCCCUGGCGAGGGCCACCGUAAACAGAGGAAACAGAGCAAGAAUAUCUUUUUAGAAAAGGCCCAAGAACUUCAGAACGCUGUACGCCAAGCGUGCUCUACCGGGAUUCAGAUACUCGCCGUGGACGCACCUACAUCGGCCUUUAAUGCGUUGACAGCCGGAACCUCUUGGUUAUCGGAUGACGAUGCAUGGAAAACAGUGCUCACGGCGUUCCCGAAAGAACAGACUGCGCACGCCGCGAACGUUCGAGAAGAAUUCCUUGCGAAAAAGGCUCAAGGACACAAAUUACUACUACUUCUUUCGGUGCGCGAUGAACGAGCGUUCCUAUUUUCUUUAAGAUGA